UUUUGAGCCGCCGCCGCCAUUGGAGCGGGCCCCCCCCCCUUUUCCCCCUUCGCCUCCUGACAGGAAAGGUUUAAGGGGGACAGAGCCCUGGGAGGCCGGGCCGGGCUCGGGGGCCGCCCCGGGGGCCCGGGCCAUGGAUGUGCGCCGUCUGAAGGUGAACGAACUUCGCGAGGAACUGCAGCGCCGCGGCCUGGACACUCGCGGCCUCAAGGCCGAGCUUGCUGAGCGGCUGCAGGCGGCGCUGGAGGCCGAGGAGCCCGACGACGAGCGGGAGCUCGAGGCCGACGACGAACCGGGGCGACCCGGGCACAACAACGAGGAGGUCGAGACCGAGGGGGGCUCCGAGCUGGAGGGGACCGCGCAGCCACCGCCGUCCGGGCUGCAGCCGCACGCGGAGCCUGGCGGCUACUCGGGGCCGGACGGACAUUAUGUCAUGGACAAUAUUACCAGGCAAAACCAAUUCUAUGAAAGCCAGGUCAUCAAGCAAGAGAACGAGUCUGGCUACGAGAGGAGACCUCUGGAAAUGGAGCAGCAGCAGGCCUAUCGCCCAGUAGAAAUGAAGACAGAGAUGAAGCAAGAAGCACCCACCAGCUUCCUCCCACCCGAAGCAUCUCAACUCAAACCAGAUAGACAACAAUUCCAGAGUCGCAAGAGGCCUUAUGAAGAAAACCGGGGACGGGGGUACUUUGAGCACCGAGAGGAUAGGAGGGGCCGCUCUCCUCAGCCUCCUGCUGAAGAGGAUGAAGAUGACUUUGAUGACACCCUUGUUGCCAUCGACACAUAUAACUGUGACCUCCACUUCAAGGUGGCCCGAGACCGGAGUAGUGGCUACCCUCUCACGAUUGAAGGCUUUGCCUACCUGUGGUCAGGAGCCCGUGCCAGCUAUGGAGUCAGAAGGGGCCGUGUGUGCUUUGAGAUGAAGAUCAAUGAGGAAAUCUCCGUGAAGCACCUUCCUUCCACAGAGCCCGACCCACACGUUGUCCGUAUUGGCUGGUCCCUGGACUCCUGCAGCACCCAGCUGGGCGAAGAGCCGUUCUCCUAUGGCUACGGAGGCACUGGGAAGAAGUCCACCAACAGCCGGUUCGAGAACUAUGGAGACAAGUUUGCAGAGAAUGAUGUGAUUGGCUGCUUUGCGGACUUUGAAUGUGGAAAUGAUGUGGAACUUUCCUUCACCAAGAAUGGGAAGUGGAUGGGCAUUGCCUUCCGAAUCCAGAAGGAAGCCUUGGGAGGUCAGGCCCUCUACCCUCACGUCCUGGUGAAGAAUUGUGCGGUGGAGUUCAACUUCGGGCAGAGGGCAGAGCCCUACUGUUCCGUCCUCCCAGGCUUCACCUUUAUCCAGCACCUUCCCCUGAGCGAGCGGAUCCGGGGCACUGUGGGACCAAAGAGCAAGGCAGAGUGUGAGAUUCUGAUGAUGGUGGGCCUGCCCGCUGCCGGGAAGACCACGUGGGCCAUCAAACAUGCAGCCUCCAACCCCUCCAAGAAGUACAACAUCCUGGGUACCAAUGCCAUCAUGGAUAAAAUGCGGGUAAUGGGCCUGCGCCGGCAGCGGAACUAUGCCGGCCGCUGGGACGUCCUGAUCCAGCAGGCCACCCAGUGCCUCAACCGCCUCAUUCAGAUCGCCGCCCGCAAGAAACGCAACUAUAUUCUAGAUCAGACAAAUGUUUAUGGGUCAGCCCAGAGACGAAAAAUGAGACCAUUUGAAGGCUUCCAGCGCAAAGCUAUUGUAAUUUGUCCCACUGAUGAGGACCUAAAAGACCGGACUAUAAAGCGAACUGAUGAGGAGGGGAAGGAUGUCCCAGAUCACGCGGUCCUAGAAAUGAAAGCCAACUUCACGUUACCAGACGUUGGGGACUUCCUGGAUGAGGUGCUGUUCAUUGAGCUGCAGCGGGAAGAAGCAGACAAACUGGUGAGGCAAUACAACGAAGAAGGUCGCAAGGCCGGGCCACCCCCUGAAAAGCGCUUUGACAACCGAGGUGGUGGUGGAUUCCGGGGCCGUGGGGGCGGUGGCGGUUUCCAGCGCUAUGACAACAGAGGCCCACCAGGGGGCAACCGAGGAGGCUUCCAGAACCGAGGAGGAGGCAGUGGUGGAGGAGGCAACUACCGAGGAGGUUUCAACCGCAGCGGAGGUGGUGGCUACAACCAGAACCGCUGGGGUAACAACAGCCGGGAUAACAACAAUUCCAACAACCGAGGCAGCUAUAACCGGGCUCCCCAGCAACAGCCGCCACCACAGCAGCCCCCGCCACCGCAGCCUCCACCGCAACAGCCGCCGCCACCACCCAGCUACAGCCCUGCUCGGAACCCGCCAGGGGCCAGCAGCUACAACAAGAAUAGCAACAUCCCUGGCUCGAGCGCCAAUACCAGCACCCCCACUGUCAGUAGCUACAGCCCUCCACAGCCGAGUUACAGCCAGCCACCGUACAACCAGGGAGGGUACAGCCAGGGCUACACAGCCCCUCCACCUCCACCUCCACCACCGCCUGCCUACAACUAUGGGAGCUAUGGCGGCUACAACCCGGCUCCCUACACCCCACCGCCGCCCCCCACCGCACAGACCUAUCCUCAGCCCAGCUAUAACCAGUAUCAGCAGUAUGCCCAGCAGUGGAACCAGUACUAUCAGAACCAGGGCCAGUGGCCACCAUACUACGGGAACUACGACUACGGGAGCUACUCCGGGAACACACAGGGAGGCACAAGCACACAGUAGCCGGUGUGCUCAGGAGGCCCCUGCCGGCUUCCUCCACCAGCGCCCACCUCGGCCCCCUCGUCUACCCCCACUGGGUCCUGUGGUGCUGGGGGACGGGUCAUCCCAGGGCUGCCUCCUUUCAGCCCACUGCCUCCCCUCUGAGGGGCUUCUUCCCCAACACAGGGCCGGGCAUUUUUCUCUGGAUUCAAACAGGCAACAGUGACCUUUUAUUUUCUGUUUGUCCCCUUCUUCCUCCCCUUCUCCUCUUCUUCCUCCUCCCCUCCUUUUUGACUGAAGACCCCCCCCCCGCCCCCGCCCCUUGGUCAAACAGUGAGGCUGCAGUGGCUGAGGGAGGGCCCCUUCUGCCCAUCUGUCCCAGUCCUGCUCCAGCCCCCUCAGCUUCCCACACCCUCAUGCAGUUGGUUGUAAAUUCUUCCAGGAGCUGUUUUACUGUCUACUUUUCAGGAUUUAAAAAAAAAAAAAAAAAAAAAAAAAAAAAAAAUCAAAAACUUAAAAAAAAAAAACCCACAAGUUUAAAAAGUAAAAUGCGGAGGGAGGAAGCAGUGACAGAUUUUUUUUUUUGGUAAUUAUGCUUUUUUUUUUUUUUUUUUUUUUUUUUAAUUUUUAGAAUUUCUCUGUUUUUACUGUGGCUGUCGAUACUUCAUCAGGAUAACCAUUUCUUUGCUGAGUUCAGGUGACUGAGGAAGAGCCACACCCUCAAAACAGAACACACAAAACAAAACUAUAGAAUCAUCUUUAACCUAACUUUUUAUACGAUGUCUCAGUUUCCCGUAACUUUGCACACAAGCUUCUGUGUUGAGUUGAAUUGUAACUGCUUUUUGUAUUUGGAGAGAGUGUGACUAUUGAACUUGAAACCUUUUA